CUCGUCUCCGUCUACUCCUCGCCUUUCUAUGCUGAGCUGCGAACUGCGAGUCUUGCUUCCAUCUCCGUCACGAUAGCGCAGAAGAUGAGGUGACGAACGCUCGCAGCAGUCAUUGAUGCGACAGAGAUGCAGCCCUUUCAACGUGCGAAACUGAUCGCUGGUCUGUCGCGAAAGCAUCGCGCAUUCCUGGAGGUCACGCUACCCCCUUUUGCUCUUCUUGCGCAGGUUCGACGAUACGCUGCGGAUACCAGUGGCAGAGAUGGUGAGGAAAAGACGUGCAGCUCGCUUUCAGUGCCUUCUAAGGCUCGCUUCAACGAGAUAAACGUCCAGCAGCUCAGCGACCAUAUUCACAAUCAGGUCUUCCGCUGUGCGACAUCCAAUGCCCCACCACAAGAGCUCAUCGACCUAUCACGAGAUCAUCUUGCGAGACAUGACUUACUUGGCAAGACAUCAGACCAUGCCCCCCCUAUCGCAUUCGACGUCCCCGCGCUACAAGGAACUACAUUGGACGAGCACUUUUACCGCCUUGGCAUGAAUGCUUCAGAGCCGUACCUGUCGUUGGCAAAAAAAUACAGCUUUGCAAACACGCCUCCCCGACCGCGGAAGUGGAUCAAAAGAAGCGGCUGGACAAAGUAUUUAGCUGACGGGAGCACGGAAGCGGUUGACGCGCCGGAUGAGGACGUUCUAACCUUUGAUACGGAAGUCAUGUGGAAAGAGACCAAUUUCGCAUGCAUGGCCUGCGCUGCCAGCGCCACUGCAUGGUACGCAUGGAUAUCGCCUUGGUUGCUACGCGAGUCGGAUACGGACCGGCAUCUCAUACCCCUUGGCGACCCCAAAAAACCAAGGAUCAUUGUGGGUCACAAUAUUGGCUACGAUCGCGCUCGUGUUGCGGAGGAGUAUGCUUUGGAGCAGACCGCCAACUUCUACCUUGACACAAUGAGCCUGCAUGUGGCUGUCAAUGGGAUGUGCUCGCGGCAGAGACCUACUUGGAUGAAGCACCGUAAAGACCGCGAUUUGAGGGAUGAGAUUGCCAAAACGGGCGAUUCUGCUGAUCUAGCUAUACUGCUGGAGUCUGGAUCUCUUACCGACGAGGAAGAAGACUUGUGGGUUGGUAAGAGCAGCAUCAAUUCUCUUCGAGAUGUUGCUCGUUUCCACUGCGGUGUUACGCUCGACAAGGAGCAAAGAGAGCAUUUUGGAGAAAUGGAUCGCGACGGUAUUGUGGAAAGUCUAGAUGAAUUGCUGGAUUACUGUGCCGCCGAUGUGGACAUAACCCACAGGGUUUAUCGUAAAGUCUUUCCUGCCUUUCUAGAGACAUGUCCUCACCCCGUGAGCUUUGCAGCGCUCCGACAUAUUGCAUCUGAAAUCCUACCCGUGAACAAAACAUGGGAAGCGUAUAUUUCGAAUGCAGAAGCCACAUACCACAAACUCUCGGAUGGGGUAACAGCUCGGCUUGUUGAGUUGGCGAACAGAGCCCUGGAAAUCAAGGACAAGCCAGAAGAAUACGAGCGCGAUCCCUGGAUGGCACAGUUAGAUUGGUCAGGUCAAGAGAUUAGGAUGGUUGGUGGGAAGAAUGGGAAGAAGCCUAGACCGGCAGCGAAGCAGAAACUCCCUGGUAUGCCAAAGUGGUUCAAGGAUCUGCAUCCUACGGCUACCUCGCCCAUGAAUCUCACCGUGCGGACGCGUAUUGCGCCCUUACUUCUCCGCAUGUCGUGGGAUGGCUAUCCGCUUGUGUGGUCUGACAUCCAUGGUUGGACGUACAGAGUGCCUGCUUCGAAGGCCGCAGAAUUGCAUAAGAAGGGAUUGACGGAGGUGGAAAUGUCAGAAGAACAGAAUACCAAGUUGAGAUUCGACACUGCGAACCUUUAUUUCAAGCUGCCGCACAAAGACGGUCCUCAAGCACGUUGUGUGAACCCGCUCGCUAAGGGCUAUUUGUCAUAUUUCGACAAGGGCGUCCUCAGCUCAGAAUACGCAUAUGCGAAGGAGGCACUUGAGAUGAACGCCAGUUGCAGCUAUUGGAUUUCUGCACGCGACCGGAUCAUGGGACAAAUGCUUGUAUAUGCCGAUGAGGUUAAACAGCCUCAGGAGACCAAAAAGAGACGCACGAAGACGAGCCUUGGUUUCAUCCUCCCUCAGAUCAUACCGAUGGGCACAAUCACUCGUCGCGCAGUGGAAAAUACUUGGCUUACUGCGUCGAAUGCUAAAUCAAAUCGCGUGGGUUCGGAACUCAAGAGCAUGGUCACUGCUCCUCCUGGCUACUGCUUCGUAGGCGCCGAUGUAGACAGCCAGGAACUUUGGAUUGCCUCCCUUCUCGGCGAUGCUCAAUUUAAGAUACACGGCGGUAGCGCAAUUGGAUUUAUGACACUAGAGGGUAGCAAAUCUCUCGGCACGGAUUUACACUCGCGUACCGCCUCCAUCCUAGGUAUUUCGAGAAACGACGCUAAAGUCUUUAAUUAUGGACGCAUAUAUGGUGCGGGACAGAAGUUUGCGACUCAGCUGUUGAGGCAGUUCAACCCCGGAUUGAAGGAGGCAGAGGCACUGAGCACGGCAGAACGGUUGUACCGAGACACAAAGGGGCGAAAGACGAUGAGACGGGCGUUGCACGAACGAUCGUUUUGGCGAGGCGGCACCGAAUCCUUGGUCUUUAACAGGUUGGAAGACUUUGCCGAGCAGCCACGACCUCGAACGCCCGUUCUCGGUGCAGGAAUCACAGAAGCCUUGCAGAGGAAGAAUAUCUCGCGCGGCGGUUUUCUGACGAGCAGGAUCAAUUGGGCCAUUCAGUCUUCUGGCGUGGAUUACCUGCAUCUCCUUAUCAUUGCCAUGGACUAUCUCAUUCGUGUCUGCGGACUUAGCGCUCGCCUGGCAAUCACAGUCCACGACGAAAUCCGAUAUCUCUGCAGAGAGGAGGACAAGUAUCGAAUCGCCAUGGCGUUACAAAUCUCUAAUCUGUGGACCCGUGCCAUUUUCGCACAGCAGCUCGGCAUCGAGGAUCUGCCACAAAGCUGCGCCUUUUUUUCAGCCGUGGAUGUGGACAAAGUGCUCAGGAAGGAGGUUGAUAUGGAAUGUAUCACUCCAUCACACCCUGUUGCCAUCCCGCCUGGCGAGAGUCUGGAUAUUCAAGCCUUGCUUGCAAAGGGCGAGAACGCACGUCUCAAUGUGGAUGCAGAAACGAGCAAGGCGCUGCAGCUUGAGAAGUGGCACUACGAGCCCCGCGAACCUGUCAUCAAAGAGCUAGAAGCGAACUCGGACCUCCUCUACUUGCGUGCGCAAAUCACCUCUUCAGAUGACGAGCUCAAGGCCAUCAUUAAAGCCAAGCAGGACGCCGGCAAGCCGAUUAAAGCCACGGCUCUGCUGAAAGCUCUCAAGUCUUCCUCGUCUGGCGGCAAGGGCAGCGGCGAGGGGACCGCGUCUCGCAAAGGACGAACCCGCAAGAUCAAAGGAUGGACAGGCAAAGAAAACAUGGGCAUGUUCGACAGGGGAGGAGUGGACGCGCAUGUGCACAGGCACUACAGGAACGAGCCCAGAUGGUUGCCUCCCGCUGCCGAGGUGGCGGAGAUGGAGUGGGAGAAGAGGUAUGCACUCUCCAGCAGGGGCGUCUGAAGAGGGCAGCAUGUAAUCAUAGCGGUGUAUAACUAGGCCUUGUGUACUGUAUGUCGAACAACUUUUCGUGUGCACGAUGUUGGUUCCUGGCGAGCGACUUAUUUACGAACCGAAAAAGAGACAGUUGUAUUCAUUCUGGCUAAAUAAGACAAGUGUCGUACAUUCGUUACUGGCAUUUAUGCGGUUUCUUUUUCAUCUUUUUCUAGUUUGGGCAAAGAAAUUAAUAGUUAAGACGGAGAGCAAAUAAGACCGAAAAUACAAACCAUCUUAGUACUGCUGUUGAAGCACGUUGAAGAUGGG